GGAAGUACUACUACAUUACUGUUCAUGUAAUUUCACAUCUUGAUGAUUUUGAUAUUUUCAGAAAUAAGGAUUUCUAUGGUGCAUGUUAUUUAAAAAACAAGCCAACUAUAGCUUGUGUGAGGUCAUAGGUGCUUGCAAUUAUUGGAACUGGUCCAUGCAAAUCAUUUUUGCUCAAAAUCCAACUUGGCCAAUCAUUAGUAGGUCAAGUUAUAUUCAUGAAACCUUUUGUUUGUUGUUUCUUUGCCUAAAAACAUGCUUUCAUUGGUUAGUUCAUUAUCCUGGAGCUGCAGAGGGACUUUAUGUAGCAUGAUCCAUGCUCAGGUAUUGCGAUUUUGGCAAUUUCUGUAAUGUAACAUGGAAUUGGUGAAGGUCCUUGGUCGAGUAAUCACAAUACUAUUGAUAUUAUUCAUAUUGAUUAAAUUUUUAUCAUUGGUUCUCUUUGUUUGUUAUAUUAUCUUGUGUCAUCGAUUAACAACUCUUUCACCGGACGUCUUGAGGUGACUUUAGUUUCUUGUCUUUUAUAUGUAUCCUGACAUAAAACCAGUGCUUAUUUUCUAUUCGUGCAUGUGCAGGUGCUGUACUGUUUCUUAGAAUUUUCCAGCAACUUCGAUGGGAGGAAUUUUGUUUGAGCUUGUGGGCCCAAUUCAUAUCAGUCGCGACCCUGGGACUAUCCCACGUCCUGCGGCGAGCUUGCAGCGCUGCUGCGCCUCGGAUACGCGGACAAGUCACUACUUGGGACUAUUUACACCCCUAAAAGGGAAACACACAGAUGAAGUUGCUAAAUCCAAGCAAUCAAUUGUCUCCACAAAAACAAAGAAGGAAAUUCAAUUUCAGAAACUUCAGAGAUUGCCAGAUGGGUGCCAUCCUGAUUUUGAUAAUGAUCAUCUGUGUUCUGUAAAUAAUCAUGACCUGCUUCCUGAAAUAAGUACUCCAAGUGUUGACCUUCAUCUACUUCCUGAGACAGGAGUGGAAAACAUGAGGACACCUAAAAGUCUUCACGCCGAACUUAAGCAUGAGCUGUUAAAGCUAAAUACGGUGUUAAAGCUACCAGAUAAUGUACUCUUUCUGGCCAACCAGUUCCUUGAAUAUCUUUUAAAUAAUCAUUUAGUUGUGCGGGAGCCACGGAGCAUACUGCAUGCGUUCAACAUAGCCUUGUGUUGGCGUGCUGCUUCUUUUCUGAAAUACACUGAGUUGAAUCGUCGAGAAUCACUUGCCCUUGCUUCAGAUGGAUUGAAUUAUGAAUGCAAUGAGGCUCCAUCAUAGGCAGGCUUAUAGGUUCGUAGUAUCGUUAGGACGGGCAUCUUACUAUAACAAUAUAAGACACAUUUUGUAUAUAUAACACAUGUGCAUAUAUAAGUUAUCGAGAUAUUAUAUGUCUCUGUUGCAACGCACGGGCACUGAUCUAUAAAAGUAUAACAUACAUUUGUACAUA